AUAAGAAAUUGCGUACAUCUAAGGAAAAAUUACAUCUGUAAGAUUUAUAUAUUAAUGAAGUUUAAUUAUUGAAAUAAAUACUACGUAACAUUUUUUUCUAAAAUAUAUACAAGCACAGACAAAGAAACCAUUAAUACAGCAUAUUUUAAAAGAUUUAAAAAUUCUAGUAAGUUAUGACCAAUGAAGAACCCUGUAGAAGUGUAUGGAAUAAAUUUUGUGACUCUGUAAAUAGUGGAGUAUUUUGGACUUCCACGGAAUUUAAAUCAGCAUGUCCUCCGAAAAAGAAAAAGAAAAAGCCGGACGAGGAACUCAAUAAGGGAGUGAAAUUAUCAGACGAAGAUGCAAAAGAUGGUGUAGAUCCCUCGAUUUCAAAAAAAUCGCCGUAUCAACGUCCUAAUGAUAUUUGCCCGGAUGUUAAAUCUUCUUGUUAUAUUAAAAUGCAGGAUCCUUGUAGACCAUGUUGUUGCGAUGAUAAACCAAAGCCACCACCUUGCCCGCCAAAUCGCCAGCCACAAGGAUCACGGGAACCAAUCUGUGGUUGCGAACUUUGUCAGAAAAAUCCUAAUCACGAGAAAUGUUGUGAUAAGAAUAGAGCAUUUCGCGGUAUAGAUAUCAAUCGUGAAUAUUUCGAGAAAGCAUAAAAUUUUUUUAUUAUAUGUCGGUUUAUAUGUUCUAUAUGUAGAAUGAAAUUAUUAAGAAGUGAUAACACUUAUUAUAUUUUAUUAAAUGUAUUCAAAUAAUAUAUAUAUACGUGCAUAUAGA